AUGUCGCAACUCCAGGAACUCUUCAACCAAGCGGCCCGCCCGCUGCCUCCCAUCGCCGACCCCAACUUCGCCUCGCAUUUCGACAGCUUCGGGAACUACAGCGUUGUGCUCCUGGGCGACGGCAGCCAUGGCACCUCGGAGUUCUACACCGCGCGCGCGGAGAUUACCAAGCGCUUCAUCGAGCGGCACGGCUACACGAUGGUCGCCGUUGAGGCUGACUGGCCCGACGCCGAGGCAAUCGAUCGCUACGUGCGUCAGCGUCCAGGCCCCAACGCCAGCAUUGGCGGCAAAGCCCGCGAUCAGGAGUCCUUCAACCGGUUCCCGACCUGGAUGUGGCGGAACCGUGAGAUGCAGGACCUAAUCGAGUGGAUGCGCGACCGCAAUUCCAAGGUGCCCGAUGAGCAGAAAGCCGGUUUUUACGGCCUCGACCUGUACAGCAUGGGCGCUUCUAUCCGCGCCGUCAUCGAGUAUCUGGACCGCGUGGAUCCCGGCGCCGGAAAAGAGGCGCGGAAGCGCUACGGCUGUCUCCAGCCGUGGGUAGAUGACCCAACCUCGUACGGUUUGGCGUCCCUCCGGGGGAUGGCGGACUGCGAGAGCCAGGUGCUGCAGAUGCUGCGUGACCUGCUGGAGAAGCGGCUGCAGUAUUCCAAGCAUGACGUGCAUGAUGGCGAGGAGUUCCACAGCAGCGAGCAGAACGCGUUCCUGGUCCGCGAUGCGGAGCGUUACUACAAAGCCAUGUACUACAGCUCCGCCUCGUCGUGGACGCUGCGCGAUACCCACAUGUUCGACACGCUGCGGCGGCUGUUCCGCCACAAGCCUGCGAACGCCAAAGCGGUGGUCUGGGCGCACAACUCCCACUGCGGCGACGCGCGGUACACCAGCAUGGGCACCCGUCGCAACGAGGUCAACAUCGGCCAGUUGAUUCGCGAGAACUAUGGUCGUGAGAAAGUCGCCAUUCUCGGCUGUGGGACGCACACUGGGACCGUAGCAGCCGCCCACGAGUGGGACGAAGACAUGGAGGCGAUGAAGGUGCGGCCAUCCCGUGAUGACAGCUGGGAGAUGAUCGCCCACGAUACUGGUAUCCCCAGUUUCGUGAUUGAUCUCCGCCCGGACCGCAUCGAUCCGGACCUACGCAGGGCCAUGGCGGCCGAAAACAACCGUCUAGAGCGGUUUAUCGGAGUCAUCUACCGACCAGACACAGAGCGCAUCUCGCAUUACUCGCAGGCAUAUCUCCACAACCAGUUCGACGCGUAUAUUUGGUUCGAUCAGACAACAGCGGUGAACCCGCUGGAGAAGGUGCAGCCCAAGACACCAUUAGGAUUGGACGAGACCUAUCCAUUCGGACUGUAG